AUGGGAGCAUUACUCGCAGCUCCGGCAUGUGCUGCUUCGUCAGCAUGCUGUUUCGGAAGUGCAGCGUGUUCACUAUGCUGCUCAUUCUGCCCAACUACAAAGAGCUCGACGACUACUCGUAUCAUGUACGCUUUCAUGCUAUUCACUAGCACCUUCCUUUCUUGUGUGAUGCUGCUACCAGGAAUUCAGAAUAAACUGGCCGAGAAUAAAUGGUUUUGCGAAGGGUUGAAUGAAUAUGCGGGGAUAAGUUGUGCACAUGCCACUGGAUUCCAAGCCGUGUAUCGUGUUUGUGCUGCCACUGCUUCGUUCUUCUUCCUCUUCAUGUUGAUGAUGAUCGGAGUAAAAGACUCGAGUGACAAAAGAUCGUCGAUUCAAAACGGAUUCUGGUUUUUCAAAUAUAUGAUUCUGGGAUUAAUGAUUGUUGGAUUUUUCUUCAUCCGCAGUGAAAGCCUCGCAACUCCUCUCAUGUACAUUGGACUGCUCGGCGGAUUCAUGUUCAUUCUCAUCCAGCUCAUACUUAUCGUAGAUUUUGCCCACAGUCUUGCUGAAGCUUGGUUGACUUCAUACGAAGAGAGUGAAUCCAACUAUUGCUACGCCGGGCUUCUUUCCACCGUUUUCGGAGGAUUUGCUCUUGCCAUUGCAUCUGUCGUCAUCAUGCUUAUUUUCUACACCACCGGCGAGGGAUGUGGACUUCCAAGAUUCUUCAUCAUUUUCAACACACUUCUCUGUGUGGGACUGACGGCGCUUUCUUUGGCUCCUGCCGUUCAAGAAGUCUCUCCACGAUCUGGACUGGUUCAAGCCGUCAUGAUCACUGGAUACGUAAUGUAUUUGACAUGGGCUGCUCUGAUCAACAAUCCCGACAAGCAAUGCAAUCCAUCGCUCAUCAGCAUCUUCACUGGAAACUCAACUGAUCCAGCGCACAAGGAUAAGGAUGCACAUUAUGGAAUCCCACUUCCAGCUCAAUCGAUUGUGUCUCUUUUCCUCUGGUUCGCAUGUCUUCUGUAUGCAUCGAUUCGCAACUCCACCAACACUUCUCUCGGGAAAAUCACUGGAGUUGGAAAUAAUUCCGGGGAAGCUGUUCAACUAAGUAUGAAGGGUGGUUCGUGCUUUAUUUUCCCUUUUUAUGUGUCGAAAUGUUCUCUUCCCAAGUGUUUUUUUGUGCCAAAAAAGCAUUCUAAUUUAGAAUUUACAGCUGAUGAUUCGGAGUCGCAAAGCUCUCAACGAGUUUAUGAUAGCGAAGAGGAAGGUGUUGCUUAUUCGUACAGUUUCUUCCAUUUCAUGUUCGCCCUUGCAUCUCUAUACGUGAUGAUGACACUCACAUCGUGGUAUAAACCAGACAACGACUUGUCUCACCUCAAUUCGAACAUGGCCUCUGUAUGGGUGAAAAUCAUUUCCUCGUGGGCCUGCGUUGGAUUGUAUUGUUGGACCUUGAUCGCACCAGUGGUGUUCCCAGACAGAGAAUUUUAA